UCUCUCUCUGUCUCUGUCUCUCUCUCUCUCACAAAAACACAUCCAUAUAAUAUAACCACCAUAUUCACUGCUGCAGCAGCAGCAACAAUAAACAACAGCUUUGAUCGAACGACAGCGUUUCAUCGCGAUGGCCACCCACACAUACACCUACAAGCAAUUCAGCUGCUUCAACAAGACCUUCACCAACACCGAGCCCGGACCUCCCUCUGACGUCCUCCACGCCUUCCACUCCUUCUCCUCCGCCGGCGCCACUUCCAUGUCCGCCGACAACCUCCUCGGCUUUCUCACCGAUCACCAGCGCGAACCUCAAUGCACCUCCGACGACUCCCUUCGCAUCAUUCAAUCGCUCAAAGGAGAUCACAAAACCGACGACGGACUCACCCUCGACGACUUCUUCCACUUCCUCCUACGCGACGAUCUCAAUGCUCCCAUCAAAUCGGAGGUACAUCAUGAUAUGAAUGCUCCAUUGUCACAUUAUUUCAUAUUUACCGGGCACAAUUCCUAUCUGAUUGGGAACCAACUAACCAGUGAUUGCAGUGAUGUGCCAAUCAUAGAUGCUUUGGUACGAGGUGUGCGAGUGAUUGAACUUGAUUUAUGGCCGAAUUCAACUAAAGAUGAUGUUGAGGUUUUUCAUGGAAGAACUCUUACCACUCCCGUCUCACUAAGGCAAUGUUUGUGGUCCAUAAGAGAGCAUGCGUUUGUUACAUCUAAGUAUCCUGUCAUUAUAACUUUUGAAGACCACCUUACUCCUGAUCUUCAGGCUGUAGUUGCAGAGAUGGUGACUGAAAUAUUUGGAGAACUGCUUUAUUAUCCUGAGACAGAUUUGCUGUCUGAAUUCCCCUCCCCAGAAUCGUUGAAAGGUCGAAUUCUCAUAUCAACUAAACCACCAAUAGAAUAUCUUGAUUCCAAAUCCUGUGACGAGGAAGAUAAAAAACCAAAAUCAACUGACAAAGGAUCACAAUCACCAGAUGUUACUAAUAAAGUGGAAACUGAUGACAAAGAUGUGGAAGAUUUGAAUGAAAGUGAUGAAAAAUCAUACAAGGAGAGUGCACCUAAGUAUAAACGUCUGAUUACAAUUCAUGCUGGCAAAUCAAAGGGUGAUUUUCAGGAAGACUUGAAGGUUGCUGGUAAAGUUAAGCGUUUGAGCUUGAGUGAAAGUAAACUUGAAAAGGCUUCUGAAUCUUUUGCACCUGACAUUGUAAGGUUCACCCAGAAGAAUAUUCUGAGAGUGUAUCCAAAGGGAACACGCAUAACUUCCUCAAAUUACAAGCCACACAUAGCAUGGACGCAUGGAGCUCAGAUGGUUGCAUUUAACAUGCAGGGGCAUGGCAAAUCACUUUGGUUCAUGCAAGGGAUGUUCAAAGCAAAUGGAGGGUGUGGCUAUGUGAAAAAACCUGAUUUUCUUGUCGAAAAAGGUCCGAAUAACGAGGUUUUCGAUCCUAAAAGAACAUUGCCGGUGAACAAGACAUUAAAGGUAAAAGUCUACUUGGGGACAGGUUGGAGCUCAGAUUUCAGCCUAACGGACUUCGAUUCCCAUUCACCACCAGACUUCUAUGUGAAGAUUGAUAUUGCUGGAGUACCUGCUGAUAGAGCGAAGAAGAAAACAAAGACAAUUAAAAAUAACUGGUUUCCCGUGUGGGAAGAAGAGUUUGAAUUCCCAUUAAGUGUCCCAGAUCUGGCUUUGCUACGUAUACAAGUUAAAGAAGAAAAUAGAACUGAGAAGGAUGAUUUUGCUGGCCAGACAUGUUUGCCAGUCACAGAGCUCAAGUCUGGAUUUCGUUCAGUCCCUCUCUAUGAUGAAAAGGGCGAGAAAUAUAAAUCUGUCAAGCUUUUAAUGCGGUUUCAAUUCAAAUGAAUUAUUAUAUAAUAUAUAAUAAUGACCUAAAUUAUAUAGUGAUAGAUAUCGGAUAUGUUAUUCAUCAUUGUUUAUCCUUCUGAUCAUGUUACAUAUAUAAUAGAUAUAUAUUCAGGGCAUUAGGCAGAUGGAUUGGUUUUUAGUGUGAACUUGACCUUUUUAGGCAUAUAUUUGAUCGACAGAUAAUUGAAUUAUUUUGAAAUGUUACGUGGAAUUUAGUUGGGAUUGUGAAGAGUAAAA